UACUGUGUAGGCAUAUGCAAUAUCCGCAUUGAUGAAAAUAUACUCAUUCGAAAUAGCAGCUGGGAGAAAAGUGGACGUGCUUCCUGAGUGCCAGUCCUUCAUUGAAGAACUACUAGCAUCCCACUCAACGGACCUCCAGCAGCGUGCUUAUGAACUUCAAGCAAUCCUUGGUUUAGAUGCUAAUGUGGCUACCAACAUCAUGCCAAUGGAUGCAAGUUGUGAAGACAUCGAGAUUGAUAGAAGCCUUUCAUUUCUCAACGGUUAUGUUCAGCAGUCAAUAGAAAAGGGGGCCCAGCCUUAUAUUCCUGAAAGUGAACGGUCUGGAAUGACAGAUGUCAGCAGUUUCAGAAGCCAAGAACUGCAUGAGGUCUCAUCACAUGCCCUUAGGUUUGAGGCAUAUGAGCUUCCUAAACCAGUGAUGCCAUCCAGAGUUUCUCCAAUUGAGCAAUCAUCAUCAAAUGAACUUGUACCUGCACCUGAGCCAUCUUAUCAUGCAGAGAUGCACCAGGUUGCUUCGUCUGUGCCAUCUGUAUCUGACCCUGGGUCAUUAGAACUAAAGCUAAAACUUGAUGGGGUCCAAAGGAAGUGGGGUAGGCCAACUUACUCUUCUGCUGCACCGUCUACUUCAAAUGCUGAUAUCCCUAAGAUUCAAAAUGGAGCUCCUCAGCUUGAUGCGGUUAGUAGUUCAAGCUCAAAAGCUGUGUCUUAUGAUUCAAGGAGGCAGCAAGUAGAAAUAUCUGCUGAAAAGCAAAAACUUGCUGCUUCACUUUUUGGUGGUACAUCAAAGUCCCACAAAAGACAAUCUUCUGGCAGCCAGAAGGUUCCAAAGACUAACAUUCCUGCUGCAGAAAAAUCUCAUGUGGCUAAGAAUGCAACUUCAGACACUGCUGUGUUAGAGAGAACUCCCCAGCCGCCUCCAGACUUGCUUGAUUUGGAUGAAUCCGCUGUUUCUAGUAGUGCACAAUCUGUGGAUCCUUUCAAGCAAUUGGAAGGUCUCCUUGACCUAAACCAAGACACUUCCACUUUGACUACUAGUGAUGCUAGUGCUAGCGGAGCACCAGAUGUUAUGUCUUUAUAUGGGGAAACAACCCUGAAUGUGCAAAGUGGUGGUGUUCCAAACCUACUUCCUGCCGGUAGAGAUGAGGCCAAUCUCCUUUCUGGACUUGCAGGUACACCUAACAGAAAUGGUCAUGGAGAAAAUACGGUUACAAACCCAACUCAGCAAUUAAACAAGGGACCUAAUGCUAAAGAAUCACUGGAGAAGGAUGCGCUGGUCAGGCAACUAGGUGUAACACCAACAGGUCAGAAUCCCAACUUGUUCAGAGAUUUGCUGGGCUAAGUAUCUGGAGGCUGAUGUAUCUGUUAUAGCAUGUAUCAUUGUUCUUCGAGAACAAUUGUUGUAUGAUUACGGCUUUGGAUCUCCAUGCGGUUGGGCUAAUCUACAGGGAUCUCAAAUAACGUGCCGAAUCUGUUGGGCUUCUACACUGGAGUGGGUCAAAGGCCUGUCGGGGAAUAAAACUGGGUAUAGUCGGUGUAUCAACCACAGGAACAGUAGAGCUUUUGUAGAUUAAAUUUGAGAGUUACGAGAGUUGUUGAACCAUUCGUCAGGCUUUUAUUUGUGCAUGUUUUUCAGCUUAAGCUUUCCUGGAACAAAUUGAGGACUAAGAGCAGCAUGCAUUUUUUAUGCUCCACAUGCUUAUUUUGAUGUAUUCAUGACGAUCCUUUUAUGACUCUUUGUGCUUGGAAACCAUUUUUGUGCCAAUUCCAUUGUAUACCCUUUGUAGAGCCAAUUAACUCAUUGUAUCCCCUUUGCAGAGCCAAUUAACUCGGAUUUUUGAUACUGUAUUAGAACUUCUAUGUUAAGUGAAA